AUUUAUCUCUCUCAGAUUUAGAAUUAACUUUUCUUGCAUCAACUGCCAUUUGUUGAAGACCAUUCAAACAUCAUCUACCUUCUGUGCAUAAGUGUUUCCUAACAUCUCUCCUGAAUAGCCUGGCCCUAAUUCUUGGAUUAUGCAUCCUAGUUCUAGAUUCCUCAACCAGUGGAUGUAGUUUAUCUACCCGGACUUUUCAUGUUAAUAUAUUGAAGACUUCAUUCAUAUCAGCCCUUAAAAUCUAGACAACAGAUGCCUGGUUUGCAUAAUCUGUCCUCCUAACUUAACCCCUGAUGUCUGGAUAUCUUUCCUGUAAACUACUUUGUACUCCCUCCAAAUCAGUAUGUCCUUCCUGAGGUGUAAUGCCCCGUUCUGCUCACAGUACUCCAAGUGGAGUCGAAGCAGGACUUUCAUACAAGUACAGCAUAACUUCUGCAUCUCUGUACUCCAGUCCUGUACGUAAAAAGUGUCAAAAUGAGGGGAAAAAAAAGAAGGAAGUUUUUUCUGUCUUCAAAAUCCCAACGGAAGAACGUUCAAGUCAUUGGACAGUGGAAGCCAGUGAAUAUAGACUCAGCCCUCCUCGGUGAUGAAGGUUUUGGGAAUCUGGUUUGUUUUGAAGAGCUUACAGAAUAUCAGUUGGUUAGUGCUAGCAAGUUGACAGAUGAAGAAACAAGAAAAAGGAAGUCAGAUAAUUUGGAGGUGUCAGAAUGUUCAGAGAAGCAGAAAAUUAUUGGUAAUGAUUUACCAGAAUGGGCACAAACCAGAAAGAAAAAGAUGAAAAAAAUGGUCACUGUUGACCACACUGGCGAUGAAGUGGGCAUUACUGACUUCUCUGAAGAUAUGAAUCAGCUUGAACUUUCAGAUAAAAAUGAAACAGCAGAGGCAGAAACAAAUGUUACUGCAGCUUCAAAGAAAAGGAAGAGGAAGAAAAAGAAGUCUGUAGUUUCUCAAUCCUCCACUCCAGCCAUGAAAAUGAAAAAUUGGACAAUGCGUCAUUCCUGUUCAUCUGAGCAGACAACUGAUGUUUCUGCCUGGAAAGACCUGUUUGUCCCAGAACCAGUACUCCGUGCCCUUAGUUCUCUUGGUUAUACUGCUCCUACUCCCAUCCAAGCCCUGGUACUGCCACCUGCUAUUAGAGACAAAUUAGAUAUUCUUGGUGCUGCAGAAACAGGCAGCGGUAAAACACUAGCAUUUGCUAUUCCCAUGAUCCACCUUAUCCUAGAGUGGAGGAAGGCUAAAGAUGCUAAAUUGAAAACAAGUGAGGAAAUACAGCAUGGCAUUCAGGAUACUAAUGAUGCAGUCAGUGAAAGACUGGAAAACACUGGUGAACACCUGGAGGAAUAUGAGGAAGCAGAUGGGAUUGACGAGAAUCCUGCAUGUCAUAAUGAAGGCUCCGUAAAAGUGAUCCACAAUGUAAAUUUAGAUCUUCAUGCAGCCUCCAAUAUUGAAAAUCCAUUAUUGGGCCUUGUUUUGACUCCAACAAGAGAAUUAGCUGUCCAGGUAAAGCAUCAUAUUGAUGCUGUUGCCAAAUUCACUGGGAUCAAAACUGCAACAAUUGUUGGAGGAAUGGCUACUCAGAAGCAGGAAAGGGUUUUGAACUGCAGACCUGAAAUUGUGAUUGCAACGCCAGGGAGAUUAUGGGAACUGAUAAAGGAGAGACACCCACACCUUUGUCAUUUGAAACAGCUCCGGUGCCUGGUUAUUGACGAAGCAGAUCGAAUGGUUGAAAAGGGACAUUUUUCAGAGUUGUGUCAGCUAUUAGAGAUGCUGCAUGAAAAGGAAUAUCAUCCAAAAAGAAGAAUCUUCAUAUUUUCUGCAACUUUAACCAUGGUUCAUCAGGCUCCUGCAAGACUACUGGGAAAGAAGAAUGUCAAAACAAUAAAUACAGAAACAAAAUUAGAAGCCUUGAUACAAAAAGUAGGCAUUAAAAGAAAACCAAAAAUAAUAGAUUUAUCCAGGAAAGAGGGUACAGUUGAGACUCUCACUGAAACCAGGAUUCACUGUGAAAAAGAAGAAAAAGAUUUCUACCUAUAUUAUUUCCUGCUUCAGUAUCCAGGCCGAACAAUGGUCUUUGCAAAUAGCAUAGAUUGUAUCAAACGUCUGAAUGCACUGCUCACUAUCCUAGAAUGUAAUCCACUGCCACUGCAUGCAAACAUGCAUCAGAAACAGAGGUUGAAGAAUUUAGAAAGGUUUGCUGAAAGAGAGAGCUGUGUUUUAUUAACCACUGAUGUUGCAGCUCGAGGUCUGGAUAUUCCAAAUGUACAGCAUGUUAUUCAUUAUCAGGUUCCCCGCACCAGUGAAGUAUAUGUGCACAGGAGUGGCAGAACAGCUCGAGCCACAAAAGCAGGUCUUGCAUUGAUGUUAGUUGGGCCAAGUGAUAUGAUUCACUUUAAAAAGAUAUGCAAAACAUUGGGCAAAGAUGAAAAUAUUCCACUGUUUCCAGUACAAGCUAAAUGUAUGUCUGCAAUAAAGGCCCGUGUCAAUAUAGCAAGGAGUAUAGAAAAGAUGGAAUACCAGCACAAUAAAGCACAGCAACAUAACAGUUGGUUUCAGCAAGCUGCUGAAGCUCUUGAAGUUGAUUUGGAGGAUGAUGUCCUUAUGGAUGGAGACUGUAAUGGUGAUGAAAAGCAAAGGCAAAGGACGUUAAAAGGAAUGAAGAAACAGCUGAAAUAUUUGCUUUUGCAAUCAGUGUUUAAGAACUACCUGAAGACCAAGUACCCGACACAAUUUGGUAGGCUAACAUUGCCUAAUUUGCCAUUAGCCAGCCAAGAAACUGCUUUAAGCACUGUCAAAAAGCAUAAAAAUACAAAAAAGCGCAAGUUGUGUGAACAAAUACAAUGAACUAAUCAUUCUUUUGUUAAAAUAACUGAUGCAAUAAGCUCAUAUCAGUGUAUAAUUCAGUGGCUAUAUCUUUUAUUGCCUUUAAUAAAAUCCCAGAACUUGUACAGUACUGUGUCUUCAAUAUGAAGAUUUAAAAUCUUACUCAAUUACAUCCUCAAAGCACAGAGGAUGCAACUUUUAAAGCAUUGUAAAUAAACAGCAUGUCCAGAACGUGCAAGGUCUGUAAGAAUUCUGAUUACCAAACAAAAUAAGGCCGACCAGUCUUUGUUAGUAGUCAGAAAGAUGCAGCAUUUCAUCCUACAGAAAAUACCAUCUCCUACAACUGAACGAUUGUCAACAAUAAAUACUUCUUCAAAUGGAAGAGCAGCAGAAAAAGUUUUUAAAUGUUCAUGAGCUUUACUUAAAAAUACUUGGUAGUACAGAAUUUAAAAAACAUUACUAAAAGAUAAAAGCUUCUAUAUUUCACAGUACUGAUGAGUGUAAUCCAAAAAUGUCAACUGUUUUAGAUGGCAGAGUGUUUAUCUGGGGGAAUUUGGUCCAACUAUAACCAUUUACUUUUCAAAUAUGUAUUAAAUGAGAAUAUAAACAAUUGUUAUAGCUAUGUAUAUACAUUUAAGUAGAAAGUCACUUUUCACCAUAGUUAUCUAAUACGUCCAAUCCUUCCUUUUCAAUUUAGACAUGAUCAUUAUUUGCAUUUCAAAGUCCAAAUUACUGUAUUUGCUUAUUCUGCAUAAAGACUCAAAUGUUUCACCU